AUGUUCCAGCCUUACGGGGUGUUACAAGGCUUGUGUAGCCUGUCCUCCAAUGCUCCUACUGCAGUUAUCUUGCUCACGAAUAUAUCUAUAGCUCAGACAACGAUACCUGUUUGUUCCGGACACGGGGAACUCUCAGCGCAGGACAUCUGUGUAUGUGAAAUUGGCUAUUCUAUUACAUCUGACGGUUUAGGAUGCACGGCAGAAGGGGACGACGAUGCAGAUCAUGAUCAUAAUCAUGAUCACGAGGAAGAGUGUAGUGGGUAUGGGCAUAUGCACGACGGCGAAUGCCACUGCUCAGCGGGAUAUUCAUCUGUCAAUAGCAAUGGAACUGCAUGUGAAUUAAUCUUAGAGCCAGAAUAUUUCAUGGAUAUGUUGAUAGAAAAGUACUUCAACACUACAACCAAUCGCAUAUACGCUGAUGGUAUCGAUAAACUCAUAGAUAGUUUGGGUACCGCGACAACCGUGGCGGCCGACGACAAGUCAUGUAGUGGCAACGGUCACUGGGACAAUACCGAGUGUCACUGCGAUUCUGGUUAUACGCUGAGUGAAGACGGAAGGCAAUGCACUGCUUCUAGUAGAAGGAGACAAACCACUGAAGAAGUUGUAACUCCAUGUUUGAAUGGCCAGUCCCUAUUUAAGUUAUACCAAAUCGAUAUGGAUGAAGGCGCCACUGAGCUUCAAUUUUCUGCCAACUUCAGUCCCGCAAUCGUACAAAUGAUCGAAAGCGGUGCGUGCACCGUUUCCACAGUGGCCACCGACGAUACAGAUUCUACAGAUGCACCUUCCAAAGGCCAGGCAUAUCUUUACGCCAUGGUCUCUGUGUUCAUCAUCAGUCUUACCUCUUUAGGUGGUGUAAUGGUCAUUCCCGCAGUUUUAAAAGCUCCCAAAACCGCGAAAUGGGUACUGAUGGCUCUAGUAGCUUUGGCAGUCGGUGUGUUGCUUGGUGAUGCUGUUCUGCACUUACUUCCUAUCGCCCUGGGUGUGCAUGUGCAUUCAGAUGAUGGUGGUCUGGUAGUCCUUUCCGGAAAUGAGGUUGUCUACCGUACGAUAACAGUGUGCGCGGGGUUGUUCUUCUUUGUUGUACUUGAGGGGAUCCUGGAUGGAGCCGGAUUAGGACAACACGGACACAGUCAUGAAGGUAUUUCUCCCGAGGACAUGGUAGACUUGGGUAUGAAGAUGCAAGAAGAAGAAUUAAUCACAGAUGCUGGACUGGAGUCUGGGCAUACGCACGAAACCACACACGAGCCUGCCACCAGUGGGAACGACUCCGACAGCAGUGAUUUGAGCGAUCGCGUCAAGGUCACAAAUACGAUAGACGGUGAUCGUAUACAGAUAGAGAAAGAUGUCAAGCCGAUAGGCGGCGCUGACGGUUAUGACAGUGUUAAAAUUAACAAAGAUACUGAUGAGAAGGUUGAUAUUCUAAAUAUAUAUUAUAUUACAAGAUAA